CACAUGCUUUAUUUAUUUAUCGGAGCAAUUUUGUGAGACUGGAUAUGAACGUGGUUUUCUCGUAGAGGUGUUAGGAGGAAUCUUAUGAUUUUUUUACUGCAGAACAACUUCGAGAAGUUUUUUUCAUUUCCAGUCUAACAAAGCCCACGUAGCAGGACCCGGUGAUCUCUCGGUUCCAUACAAGUUCCACUUAAGCGGCUUUCUUAUAAAGGAUCGGUCACUGCACAUCGUCUUGCUCUGGUGCCACUCCCAAAGGAUUAACUUGUUGCAAUAUGGAGCAAACCCAUUAGAUACGGGAGCGGGAGUCCUGUGUGUGUGGCCGAGUGGGUCGCCCCGUGUCCUGCCUUGAGUGUGCCGGAGGUUCCGCUAAAAUGGGAUGCGGACUGCGGAAACUGGAGGACCCGGAGGACAGCAGUCUGGGGAAAAUCUACUCCACUUUAAAAAGACCACAAGUCGAGACCAAGACGGACUCUGCGUACGAGUAUGUGCUGCUGGACUUCAGUCUGGAAGGCAGUCGGCCUACUGUUCAGUAUCUUUCCUCACUGUGUGAGCUCCCCCAUGCCCUGCAGUCCUAUUACACCCAGGGCUACGUACUGGCCGCUAUGCAUCCCAUCAUCCUCGCCGUGGGCCGAACUCGCUCCCUGCCAUGCAGCCUGCUCUACCGAGCCAUUCUGGUCCGCCCCCAAUCGAGUAAACACACAGUGCCAAUGAUUGACAGCGUGCCAGUGUUGCGGGUGGAGGAGUGGCCACUGCCGGGGGAAUCUUUGACCAGUGACACAGUACGACAGCUCAUAGAUAGGGUGAACAGCUAUGCCAGGGGUGGCGUGAGGUUUGUGGGGUCCGUGCUCCAGCAGGCUGGAGGAGGGGGGUGUAACAGCAGAGUGUCCAGUCCUAGAAGGGGCUGCCGUUCCCCGCCACGCACCCCACCUCGCACGCCCCCUGGAGAUGGAGAUCUAGAAGGCCGUGAGUACAGCCAAGACCUGAGACUGUUGGUACUGUUCCACUCCUGGACGCCGGGUUGUGCCCCACUGGAUUCUCUCUCCUGCUGUUACCACCAAGGUGCACUGUCCAUGCGAGUCUCCAGGAAAGGCCAAGUUGUCAGUGCCCUGGAAGCUGAUUGGCUGGAACUGACUGCGGCUUAUUACUGCAAGGGCUGGUCAUUGGUAGACUCCUUUGUAUACUGGGACACGCCAUACAAAGGUGAGCCAGUUCCCAGGUCUUUAGAGGGUCUGUUUGUCUAUGAGGAGAAAAGCACAGCACCACCUGCCAAUGACACUAUUGUAGUAGAACAGUGGACCGUUAUAGAAGAUUCAAAUGUAAAGACUGACUACGGUCCUCUCCUCGACACAUUAGCAGAGUUUGGCUGGCUGCUCACUUGUGUGUUGCCCACUCCCAUUAUACGUCAUGAUAGUGAAGGGAAUCUCGCCACUAAACAAGUUGUGUUCCUCCAAAGACCUGUCAAGGGCCAAACGGUACCACAGCACAACCAGGCAUGUACGAGACUUGAGGUUUCCAGUCAUUCCGUAAGUGGAGGUGUUGAGGAGACCAGCGCAGAGCUGUCACCUCCAUGUUCAGGGGGGAUCGGCGGUUUCCCAGUGUUUGGAGGGGGAUUUCCUAGUGAUCUUUCCCAUCUAGAGGAGGGAGGAUUUGAGCAAGAUGAUGGGGCCGCAGAGGUCACCUGUAUGUGAAGAACUCGUAAGACACGGGUUCUUAUCUGGAGUUCUCUCACUACGAAAUGGAGACCUUUGAUUAUGAAGAUCUGCAUACGUUUUAAGCAGCUAUCAUCAAAAAAACAGAGAUUUUCAUCCCUAUUUUACAGACAAAGCACUUUUUGUACAUUUUUAACAAAGCCAUAAUGUACUAUAGAGGUCAGUUCUUUUUUUUAAUCAAAGCACAAAGUGCAGUUUAUCCAACAUUUAAAAAACAUUGUAUCAGGAAAUGACACUGAAAUUUUAUUUUAUUUGCCACAAAUAUCACAUCAGUAUUUCACUUCACAAAAUGUUCUGGUUUAGUCACGCGUCACAAAAUAAGCACUUCAACAAAUCUUUUAUCCCGUUCAAGGAAGGUUGUCCUUCCUCACGUCUUAAUUUUGUUUUCAGUUAAUUUUUCCUGUUUUGUUCAACUCUUAUUUGUGAACCAGCAAUCAGUUGUUUAUUCGAACACCUGCAAUGGUUCAGUGUGACGGACUCAGGAACUCGAGUGUCCAAACAGGCCACUCUUUAGGAUGAGAAGAUUUGUUUUGGACAAGCUUACAUGAGGAAAAUGUAGACGUUGGAAUCGUAACAAAAGGAAUUCUUUAUUCUGCACAGGAUGCCAGCAGAGCUUCCUCCUUGUCUGAGAUGCAAAUAUGAUUGUCCUCUGUAUCUAAUAUGUGCCAUGACCCUUAAGUGGUGCUAAAGUUAAAUUUAUAUAUUGAUCUCCUAAAGAUUUUGUUAUUUUUAAAAUGUAUCCAAAAGGGAAAAGCAAUUUACUCUUCAACACUUCAAGCAUUUUUGCAUGUUGAGUCAAAUUCCAGUAACUGCUUUAAGGACUGAGCAGUGUACUUUAUUUGUACAGUAUUUGUAACAUAGUUCUCCUCAGCUCGGUCAAAUUCAUGCUGCUUGUGGCACCUGAUUCCUUUGAGUAGAAGCAUUAACCUUGUAUGUGUCAUGUUGCCUUGACAAUGUUGAUCCCUUUCUGAGGAAUGACUAAUACAAGUUCAUUUUUAGCUUGCAAAACACUAUCAUGCUGCUAUAAAUAUAAGACAUGAGCAAUGAAAAACUGAGUAAGAUGUCGUACAUCGUAUUCUAUUCUAAUCUUAUAAGCCAGAACUGAUCAGUAUUAUUUUCCAGCUGUAGUAUUUUAAGAUUUGAACAUGGUGAGGCAUAGUU